CGCCCGCCCCCGCGCACCGCCCUGGCCUUCCUCCCAGGUUCGCAGCACAACGCUGCCCUCUCCCUUCUUGACCCCUAGCCCUUUCUUCCCUUCUUCUCUCUCUACUGCCGCCGUCGCUUCAGGCGCCGCCGCUCCCGGAGGAGCUCCCGGCACGGUAAUGGGGUCUCGGGCCUCCACGUUACUGCGGGACGAAGAGCUCGAGGAGAUCAAGAAAGAGACCGGCUUUUCCCACAGUCAGAUCACUCGCCUCUACAGCCGAUUCACCAGCCUGGACAAAGGAGAAAACGGGACCCUCAGCCGGGAAGAUUUCCAGAGGAUUCCAGAGCUUGCCAUCAACCCCCUGGGGGACCGGAUCAUCAAUGCCUUCUUUCCAGAGGGAGAGGACCAGGUAAAUUUCCGUGGAUUCAUGAGAACUUUGGCUCAUUUCCGACCCAUUGAGGAUAAUGAAAAGAGCAAAGAUGUGAAUGGACCAGAACCACUCAACAGCAGAAGCAACAAACUACACUUUGCUUUUCGGCUGUACGAUCUGGAUAAAGAUGACAAGAUCUCCCGUGACGAGCUGUUACAGGUGCUACGCAUGAUGGUUGGCGUGAAUAUCUCAGAUGAACAGCUGGGCAGCAUUGCAGACAGGACCAUUCAGGAGGCUGACCAGGAUGGGGACAGUGCCAUAUCUUUCACAGAGUUUGUCAAGGUUUUGGAGAAGGUGGAUGUAGAACAGAAAAUGAGCAUCCGGUUUCUUCACUAAAGGACACAGACCAAACUAUUCCUUGCUGUCUAGUAUUUAAGAACUGGAACUUCAAGAGUCCUCCUGUCCACCCAUCCCACCUCUAUCCCAUCUCUAUCCCAUCUCUUCCCUUCUCCCGAAGUACCACUGCUGUUGCAUGAUGACCCCACAUGAUUGCCCAUCCAGACCCACCCUGUGUAUAAACCUGCCUUACAGAAGGGUUCACCUGGCCUCUUUCUGUUCUGUAGCUGUCCACCACCUCUUUAUUUCUCAGCACCAUCUUUCCUUCUUGUGCUGCGAAACACCACCCAUCCAUCCAGUCCGAGAAGGGGAGAGGGAAUCAUGCCUGGAUCGGGCCAGCAGAGCUCUCGCUGUGUGGACGUGUAGCUGUGCUGUCCUCGUGUGCAUCCUUGCCUUUCCAUUUCCUUGUCACCCAGCCUGCCAUCCUGCUGACCCUCACAGUGCACCCUGUUCUACUUGGCGCCCCAAGCUAUGCCUGUUAAAUCUGUUUCUGACUUGGGAGGAUGGUUCUGAGGUCUGGCAGUUUUAUCUACCUUCCCUCUUAAAUGGGUCUCCAGGAUGCUGCCUUUCUAGGAACAUUUCAGGAGCCAACACUUCUCUUGGAAGAAUGUGACCCUCUCAUCUCUUGCACUGUUUGUCAUCAAAGGGCUUCUUGGUGGAAAUGACCUUGAAAGGUCACCUUGGUGGCUUUCCCAGGUCACUGUACCUCUGGCUUCUGAUUCUCAGCUUAUGCACCUACAUGGCCUCUCUGAUGAGUGCUGUGCAGGUCUGCUUGGCUUUGGGUCACCGUCACCACCAGAGUGGCUGCAGAGUUGUUGGGACCAUCUUGUGACUCUUUGAGCAAAGAAACCAGGAGCCCCUUAGCACCUCCUGCACUCACACUGCAGCAUGGCGUAUGCCUUGGUGUGAUGACACAGGAAGAUCUCUCCCUUUACAUUUCCAAGUAGAGCAGCUAGUGUCACGGAAGUGCCUAACUUAUCCCAGUCCAAGAGAAUUAAAGAUUAGCCUCAAUGUCCUGAAGUUCUACACAGAAUUCUUGUUUUGGGGGUUUUUUUUGGGGGGGGGUGGUACUGGUAAUCAAACUCAGGACCUUGCGCAUGUGAGGCAGGCAAGGCAGUAGAGUUAAAUCCCCAGCCCACAAAAUUCUUUAUGAAUUUUCCACUUGGCAGUUGUUAAUGCGGAAGCCAUAGUCAGCUCCUACUACAGCCCAAAGCAUUGAAUGUAUUGUCUUUGCUGCCUGGUUACAUGACCCUUCUAGCUCCUGUCUGGACCACUACUAAUCCCUUGGGGACAAGGGGUCUGGCACUGGUGGCACUGAGGUCAUUAAGUGAGCCAGAGCAAUUUCUCUGCCAAAGCCAGCUUAAACCCCAUUGAAUCGGGCCGUUGCCGUCUUCUGUUUUGUGAGUCCCUUCGUCCAUACAUCUGCCCUUGAGUGACUCUGACUGGCUGCUUGCUUGCUUGUUCCCUUGCUGUCCAAGAUGUGUGAACAGUUCUUUAGGAGAGGAACUGCUAAAAAAUACCAGUGCAAAGGGAUGAACAAAGGUGGGGAACAGGAGUGGCCAGGCUGGAUGGCGUAAGUAUAAAUGCACGAGAAAUUCUUUGUGAUGUAUCACUCUGGCUUUUUGAUCAACGUGAAGUAAUAUGGGAAUUAUAUAAAAGGGAAGAACUGUAUGAUAGUGACCUGCUAGGAGUCAGAAACUCCUUGGUUUGUAUAUUUAAACUUCCUAAGAUUAUGGCUUUCCCCUUGCUUGACUGUAUAGCAAACUGUUUUAAUCCACAGUUGUGCCUUACUGUCCCAUUAAAAUUGUAUUGUUCAUUCUGUCAAUAAAUACUCGUUAAAAUAAAAUGA